AUCUGCUUGUGAGAGGUUUUGAAAGCUCAUCAUGUGGCUCAUGUGGAUCGAGAAAGCAAGCAAUGUUCCUGUGUAAUAAUCAACCACAAAUACAAUACCGUGAGCUGUUGGUUGGCGUCGAUGUUAUGUCCUCUUAAGUCUUAGAUAUUGCUAAGCUUUUUGACGAGCUUUGUUUGACAACCCUAAACCUGGAGCACUCGGACAGCAUGGCCGCAUUACGAGCAGCUAAACAGGCUUUGAGAAAAGAAAUAAAGAAACGGGUUGCUGCUUUGAGUGACCAAGAGAAGGCUCGGCAGUCCAAAGUUGUUUCUCAGAAGCUCUUCAGUCACCCAAAGUACACCAGUAGCCAGCGCAUCGCUGUGUUCCUGAGCAUGCACGAUGAGGUGCGCACGGAGGAGAUCCUCGGGGAUGCCUUCGGGAAGGGCAAAGUCUGCUUCAUCCCCAAGUACCUGACCGCCAACAACAGCAACCAUAUGGACAUGCUCAGGCUGGCCAGCCUGGAGGACAUCAACACACUGCCUCUCACCUCCUGGAACAUCAGGCAACCUGGGGAUGACGACAACCAGAGAGAAGAGGCCUUGGACUCGGGUGGCCUGGACCUCAUCCUGAUGCCCGGGCUCGGGUUCGACAAGAGCGGCAAUCGGCUGGGUCGAGGGAAGGGCUUCUACGACACGUACCUGGAGCGCUGCAUGGCGCACCCCAAGGGGAAGCCCUACACCAUCGCGCUGGCCUUCAAGGAGCAGCUGUGCCAAGAGGUCCCGGUGGACCAGCGCGACAUCCACAUAGAUGAGGUGCUGUAUGAAGACAAAUGAACUGGCUCCGUGCUCGCUCAGUGCAGCACCACGCGGAGGAAGCUGGAGGCUCCCUCCCUCCCCAACUCCCUCCCUCCCUACAGGUCGCUUAUGGGCGAGCUCGGCCCGCGUGCUGUGCUCUGCUCUGCCUCUGCUGUGCUAGAGAUCAUUUGGUGGGACCACUCAAGUGCCUUCUGAAGACAGAGUGCCUUAGCAAUGCAUGCGCGCACACACACACACACACAGAGUUAUACACAGACACACACACUCACUCACACACACACACACACAGUUACACACACACACACACACACACACACACACACACACACACACACACACACACACACACACACAGCCAGGUCUCUCAUUCCCUCUCUCUCUCAGGUGUUUUUCCCAUUUUCCUGAGUCAGUAGACCUGACUGGAUGUAAUGAAUUCUCUCCAUAUGAGCUCUUUUAUUCUACCCAGCUUGCAUAACCACAACUCCCAGUGCUCUACCUCCCUCCUUCCCUCCUCUCCUCCCAGUGGAAGUGCUUGCUUGCUUGCUUGCUUGCUUACCAAGUUUCUCACCUAUCCCUACAGGCCAAAUUAAGUCAGCUUUAAAGGACUGAGGCUUUCCUCCAUGCGGUCUCUUGGCCAAGUAAUGUAAUUGAAUUCGGGGCACGAGGGAGCUCAGUGAAAUUGCCAUGGCCUUUCCAUAACCUUUCUCUUUGAUCGUCUACAUUUUUUUGCUUUUAAAUGUUACCUGUGGAAUGGCCUUUAUUCUGGGACCUACCAUUUACAUUCAGCUAUUCACACAAAAAAACAUUUCUUAAUUUUCCUGAUGUUUGUUGCCCACCUUUGUACCAUCCAUUGUUUUGUAAGCAGUGUGUUGAUGGCACGUCCAAUAAACACUUGUGCAUAACA